AUGCUAAACGUGAGAAUAAUCAAGGGUGGUUGCCGUGGACGCGAAGCAGCGAAAUUUGGAUCGGUAGGUUUCAAAGCUAAUGUUUUCCUCCAUGAAGAAAUCAGCAUACAUUUCAGCACAAGUGAUUGCACGGACGAUUGCAAGCUUAAAACAAUGAGAAAUCUUGGGUUAAAGAAAUUUACUAGUGACUGCAAACACUAACAACUCAACAGGAAACUGAGCAUGCAUGAAGUCAUUGACCAUUCCGAGGAAUUGCUUACAAGCUUUAUUGCCCGGUCUCUAAAAAAAGAGAUGUAGUACUUGAACUGAAUAGAGGUUAUGUGCUCAAGCUUAACUCUUUUUGCGUGUUUGUUUUAUUUGUUUGAUUUUGCAGUUAUGGCGGGCAUGUUCAACACUUGUAGCAAGGAGUAGAGCAAGCGCUUCUGCUGGUACUCAAGUGAAGACUUAUUCGGCUAAAACCAAGCAGGAUUUUCCCAAUGACUUGGAUCAAGGCGAAACAGAUGAGUUAAAGAGCCCAGUGUGUUCAUAUAAUGAAUGGGAUCCUCUCGAGGAAGUCAUUGUUGGACGCGUUGAAGGUGCAGUAAAAUACAUUAAUCAUUGAACUGCAAUGCAUUCAUACUCUGCUUUUUUUAAAAGGAGGUGACAUUUUGUCCCCAAAAGACUGGAAUAGAGUUUGUGUGACAAUCUGAGUUUCCUUUAAUUUUUACCUCGAGUUUGAUAUUUUUAAAAAGUGGAAAGAAUGAAAAUUUUCUUUUCAAGAUAACAAAAAGUUAGUUAUACUAGGUUUUCAAAUUUCCUUUUCAUGAGUUAUGUGACGCUCUAUUAAACUGGGUUUAAGUCCAUAGUUUUCGUUUACUUUCUCCGAAAUAAAAAUGACAGACAUGAUUUUAGGGUGCGGACACUAUAUGCAUGCAUGCAUUUUGAAUCAAGAACGAGUAGGAAAGAAUACGGGUUGAUACUGAGAGUCAGACAGCCGUUUCAAGCAGUACAGAAUCAACGGGGUGGGAGAGCAAACGCAGUUUGAUAGACAUUUGUAAUAUCGGAAGACGGUCUGAUGCUUGUUUGCAAGUGUGCAUAUACAUACGAAACGUAACUCUCAUUUCGCAAACACAAAAACCCUUACUUUAAAAAUACAGUACACUAUCACCCUCAGUCACUACAAGAGUUAAGCACGUAUUUGUAUAUAUCUUUGUACAAUAAAAUUAGAGUGGGUUACAAUUCCUUUUAAUAGAAAAAUUAUAAAAUCACGAUAAAGGGUUUUGACCGAAGUUCAGCUGUUGGAUUCUUCAUGACUCUGCCUAAAUUACUCUCAGCUCCCCAAGCUUACAUCUGUGUAAUUUAAAAUACUGAUUUUGUCUCAGGAGCUACCGUACCUGAGUUCUCUGCUGAAGUGAAAGCAAACACUUAUGAGAAGAACUGGCCAUUCUUCCGUCGGUUUGGAGGUCGAUCGUUCCCUGAAGAACAUCUUAGGAAAGCACAUGCCGAAGUGGAGGAAUUUUGUAAGAUUUUACGGCACGAAGGGGUCGUUGUGCGGCGUCCUGAAGCAAUCGACUUCUCAAAGGUAAAACUACUGGGAAGCCCAGAAUUUAUAUUUUUUAACUACAAUGAUUUAUUUGAAAAGUUUUGGAACUACACAUGAAAAGCAUACUAGCGAAUAAACACUGAAAAUCACAGAUAGACAUUUGAGUAGCUUGUGAUCUUUUUACUUGUUCAUAGUCGCGAAUUUACGCCCAAAAACUUAUAUAACAAACAAUUAUUGAAUGAGGCCGCCUGACAAAAGAAAAUUAUCCGUCUCUGAUAUUAAAAAGAAACAAGUUAAAAAGAAUAAAAUCUCGUAUUCCUAAACUCCUAAUUCUUUCAAAUGUUUCUAAGAAAAAGAUUAAUUCAUGCAGGCUCUAAUGUUUUCGAUUUGUAAAUCUGAGUCAACAAAGUCUAGCUGUCGUCUUCUGAGCCUCUGAAGCAUAGUAUCGCAGAGCGUGGGAUGGCGAAAGACAUGCACUUUCGCUCUUAUCCAGGAAAAUUGCGGCUUGAGUAACUUUCUCCCUUGUUAUUUGCUAUCAGCUCCGCAAGUCUGCUGUGGUAUUUAACACAUUCAUCCGCCAUUCCGCCUGUGGUCGUGAAAACUAGGGGAGUGAACAUUUCCUGUUCGAUCUUCAUUACUCAGUUCCGCAUACUGCGUCUUUCUCUCGUUCUCGUGCUUUUUGUAAAUGAUUUUAGCCAAUCAGAAACGGAGAAAUGUUUUAAAUGAAUGACAAAUAACAUAUACUGUAUAAACACGAGAGAGGCUCCACAGAUUGUACCUCGCAUGAAACAAAUCACCCAUUCUUCUUCGAUGCACCCUCCAAUGGAUAUUUUGGCUAACGAUUUUUUUUGCAUCGUCUCCUCCAUUCUUGGUAGGUUUACACGACUCCAGAUUUUACGUCUUCUGGAAUGUACGCAGCUAUGCCACGAGACAUUCUGAUUGUUGUGGGCGAUGAGAUCAUCGAGGCCCCCAUGGCCUGGCGAUCACGGUUCUUUGAAUACCGCGCUUACAGGCCCCUUCUCAAGGAGUACUUUAAACGAGGUGCCAAAUGGACUACUGCGCCUAAGCCACUUAUGAGUGACGACCUGUAUGAUCAGGUAAUCAUCUUGAAUUUUAACACCUUCAUGGUUACAAGGAACCUAUCCAGGUCGCUGUUUAUUAGGGCUCAGAAAGGAUUUAGAGCUCGAUCGUUCCAUAACCACAUUUUACCUUUAACAAAGAGCCUUACUCUUUGAUGACUGCAUGAGGAUCAGGUGGAGGCUGAGAACGUUUGACCAUUAAUUUUCUUUUCUUAAGACAUAGGUAUUUUAUCAAUCUUUUUAGGAUGAUAUUAUUUUCUUAUUUUCUGAUCUUCUAUUAUCAUGAUCAUACAAUUAUACAGAUCCUAUACAAGAAUUCUCUAACUUCAAAAGGGAAUAAGCAAGUUUCCUUCCACCAAUCCCUUCCAAACAAUGUGGCGGCGCUGUUCAAGGUGCAGGAAAAAAACAUCAAAGAAGCUAACUUGAAAUGGGGGGUGGGGGCAGUUUUAUUUUCUGAAAGAUGUCUGGGCCAUUUGACUCGGUUUUUUAAAAAUUUUGUUGCCAACUUAAGUUACCAAAUACGUUAUAAAAUAUAAGUUAAUUUUUUAUCUUUUACAUUUAUGUCCUCAGGAUUACCCGAUACAGACAGUUGAGGACAGGCAUCAGCUGGCAGCCGAAGGAAAGUUUGUUACCACUGAGUUUGAACCGUGUUUUGAUGCUGCGGACUUCAUUCGAGCAGGGCGGGAUAUUUUCGUCCAAAGAAGUCAGGUAUAAAAAAUUUAAACUGGCUGUGCUACUCUCGUACCAUGCAAUAUUUUUGGCUCAAUAUAUAAUUAUAGCCAUACGCAGAUAAUGCCAUUGAAAUGCAUUGAACGGUUAUUGAACGAAGGUCCUGUGGAACAGGACUUAGUAUUGAGCGUUUUUUAUGGGAUUUCACGUCGACUACAUUGCUUUUCCAAAAUACCGUAAAAUUCCGAAAAUAAGCCCUGGGGCCUAUAUUUUUCAAAGGCCCUUUUUGAGGGACUUAUUUUUGGAGGGGCUUAUAUUCGGAGGGCCUUAUCUAUGGAGGGAAAUUUGCGUUUCAAAAUUGAUUGGGCUAGCCUUAUAGUUGGAGGGAAUUUUAUCGUUUUUGCUUUGUUUUACUUUGUAUCUGAGGGCAAUUUCCAAGUACAAGCCCCCCUUGGGGCUUAUAUUUGGAGGGGCGAUUUAACGGAGGGUUUUUUGCGUUACCAGUUUGGGGGGCUUAUAUUUGGAGGGGCUUACUUUCGGAAUUUUACGGUAGUGAAACUUGCCCGCGGCCAUAUUGGUGUACCAAUCCAGUGCUGUGGCAUUUAAACUCUUUUCCAUGCAACAACUUUCUUUUGUUCCAACUUGUCACGUAGGUGAAAACGCUCUAUAAUGAGUGGCCGUUACUGAGCCAAACGACCUUGAUUCAGGAAAUGAUGAUUCCUUAACACUUUUGUAGAGCGGCUUAAGCAACGAAGAUAACAACGGCAGAGAAAAUCUAACUUUUUAAAAAGUUAAUUUUCGUUCACUCCCUGAGCUUCAUUGCUGCUCAGUUUCCGAUUUACCUGCCUGUUAAGUUAAAAGAAAGCGAUGUUGUUUUGAGUUUAAUUCAUGGGGACCGCACUUAAGUUUAGAAAGACCGAAAAAAAAAAUCGAGGUUGUGUUUUUACGUCGUCCAUAAAACAGAUGAAAAGUUGCAUUAUAGGAUUUCACGUCACAGUCUUGAGUGGAUACUGAUGUGAAAACAGGUUUUGCCUUCACAAAAGGGUAAACUAACGGACGGGGAAAAACUCUAAAACUCUCUAGGAAAGGCCUUUUUCUGGGGACACUCGCUGGCUGCGGGAAGGCACGGGAUCUCUUAGGCCUGCUGAAUACCCUUGAGACAAUGAUCACAACAGAAGUUGGCUCCAAUGUAGAAGCUUAAUCCAAGACUAUACUGUGGGUACAGUCAAAACAUAACCAACCAAAAUGUAACCAAGACUAGAUGUAACGACGACGUAACCAGGACGUAACCGAAGAAGCUCCUACAAAAGCACUCGUAUUUAAUCCUGAGCUAGCGAACCGAUCGAUACAGAUUACAUCACAACUCAACGAGUCAAAUUACAGAGCACAACAAUCAUUUCUAAGACUAUUGGUGGAAACCUACAAGCUUGUUUUAAGACAUUAAUUACUUUCAAAAGCUACACAGGUGGAUAACGGCUUCUUACAGGUUGAUUACAGCUUGAAGACUAAAUACAAUUAUGACUUGACAAAUAAGUUUACGCUCAAUAAGUCAAAGGGUUGUUUACGGCUUAAAGAAGUUAAGACUAAAAAGAAUAAAUGAUUUCUACAUUGGUUUUUCAUAUUUUUAUUAGCGAAAGCAAAAUAACUGAAUAACAAUAAAUCCUCAGCUGUCCUCAGCUGAUUAGAGGAACAGGAGAACAAUCAAAAAUAUACGAGAAAAACUAAGAACAUGCACAGCGAAUUGAAAUAUUAAAACUUACGUUUAUGUUGAAAUUUUAUAUUCGAUUUUCCGGGUUUUUGGAAAUUUUGUAUUUAUUUUUGUGCCUGAACCGCGGCAUUUACCGAACUAGCCGAAAUAUAGUGGCCUCGGGGGUUCAAUGAAAAGCAAGAAAGACAUGUAAGUUGAAAAAGCGAAAGUCGAAUCAAGUAAAUAAUCUAAGAACAUAGAGUAAAUAAUUCGAGGAAAAUGUCAAGAACAGAAAAUUAAUAUAAAUAAUUGCAACGCUUAAAAUUACAGAGAAUGCCACGGUUCUCCCCAGAAGAACCCAGUUCCGUGAAAGAGAGAAGGAUACAGAUUGUGCGCCGUGGUCACAAUCUUGGGCACACGGGAACAAUAUUGUAGGUACAAAUAAUGCGCAAAGUCCUCGUGGUUGUUGGUUAAAAGGUCGUAGAUUACUAAGAGAAAGUCCGUGGAAAAGUAUGAUUCUUGUAAGGUCGGGAGAGCAUAGGUGGCAAUCUGCCGUUCGAAAUAGUCCUUUUCCAGUAAGAGGUAGAGCGCCACGUCGACAACCAGCAAGAAAGGGUAGGUCGUCCGGUAGUCUAAUAGAGUGUCAUCGAGUAAGGCAACCAUAAUUUCCCGGCACUCGGGCAAGUGAAGACUCUUGCUGUCAUAGCAGAGGUACGUGCGGGGAUGGGAGCGACGUGCACAGCCCCUAUAUUUUUUGCACUUGGUCAGGGGAGACCGUAUCCGAGCUUGGAUGAAAGCGCUGAUGGCGGGCAGCUCCUUGAUACUCCUUCUAGUGGUCUUAACUUCCGCAAGGCGUCCUCGGCCACUUGUAAGGCUGAUUGUUAGUGGUGUCUUGGCGAACGAACGAGGCAUGAUAAAAGCGUUUGGAUGUGAAAUAGACAGAAAACAGUGAAAAGCGUGAAUGAACUCCGUAGAGAAGGGUGAAAGAACAACGAAUAACGGUGGAAUAUAUAGUGGAUGACAUGUGGUCAAACUAGGAAGGACAAAGAAACAAAGGACAAAGAAAACCAAAGAAGGCGGCAAAAAGAAAGAGCAUCACAAAAUAAGAUAGGUGUAAAUACCGGGGUUGGCAAGGGCUAAAGCUGUACAUCGGAAUGAUAAAAAAAAAAAAAAAAGAAAGAAAGAUAAAGAAGUUAGCCGUCUUUUGAAGUAUCACGUGUAGAGAGAGAAAUGGUAGGUAUCUGUAAUGGUUGCCGAAGACGACGAACGAAAAUGAGCAAAACAAAGCAAUUGAGUAUUGUUAAAGCAAAUGUUAGAUAAGUGAAUAUAUCGUUCACGGUGGUUGUGGAGGCUGUUUGUAAGUGAGAAAUGUCUUCUCUGAGUUUUGUGAGACGCAGAGUGAGUGAGUGAUCGAGAAGAUUGUAGGUGUGAUCCAAGUAAAUGAGAGUAGUGUUGUCUAACGUAAAGUCAGAGGGAACCGGAAAAUUAGGGGCGGAAAUGUUAAGAUUAGAGGCAGGUGUACUAAGCCAAGGAACAUAAGUAAAGUGAUUAUUUUGGAAAACUGGAAUUGAAAUUGAACUGGAAUUUGAAAGACGAAAGAAACAUAGUUAAUUCUAACGUUCCAUCAUAUCUGCAUUUCAUUAAACUUAGCUGUUUAUUAUUGUUAUUUUAAUCGGUAACACCUGUACAAAAUGGUAAUACUUGUUGAAUUGAAUGCCGCAAGGUGGAUGGACAAGUUUCCAAAGCCCCUCUUUGAUAUUGAAAGGAUGUGUUAGGGGGGACGCGAAUAAUUGAUAAGGGAGACAAUGAUAAGUGUUGUGUGUAACCCAGCGAACACAAGGUGAGGUUGUGGAAACCAGUGCUUAAAAAAUAACGUCCCCAAGUAACAGCAUUAGCGGGGUAUGACGACAAUGCGAACGAAGUUUGUGAAAUCGGCGAAACGAUACUUUAGAAUUUGGCGUCCAGGGUAAGCCAAGCCACGUCGGUUGUUGAACUGUGUGAAGAAUAUUCUCCUGACGUAAAUUUGUAGUAUCGUCCUGGUAACACUUUUCUAAUUCCGGUGCUUUAAGAAGAAAGGUUUGGGUAUCACAUGUCAGCAAUAGUAAAUCGUCAAAAGAAACCGGUCCACCAAAACAAUGUCCUUUGUGGUGGUAUGUAAUUGGUCGCAAUUGUUCUACAGUGCAAAGAGAUUUCGAAGAAGAAAUCUAAGGCAGUGUAAAUAGCAAAUUUAGUUGUAGCUUCUUAUGUUGUUGAAAUUCGUAAUCAACCAGUGGUUGUAUGAUGGUUGCAAAUCCUGACUUGAGGGCGUCCAAAGUAUGAGCUAGUGCUGGUAUCGCAGCUAAGCGAACUAAGCGUACGUUAAGCUCCAUUGUAAGAAAACGCGGUAAGUAGGCAAAACUAAUUAGAGUCUUGCGGGUAAGGUGUGACAGCUGGCGCAAAAUAUCUUCAUUUUCAUUUAAGCGUAGCAUGGCACUCGUGGCGCGGUUCACCUGAAGAGAAUAGAGUGACAAAAAUUCCAUAUUCGCUUGGUAAUGACAUUGUUCCUUUUUUAACUGUGUUCGGAUGUGUCGGUUCCAGGUGGUAAAAGAACGGUCCAUAUCCCGCAUUGAUCCAAUUAAUUGUUUAACUUUUGUACUAAAAAGAUCCGUUGUUUUGACAAGAUACGUAACUUUUCCAUUGACUACGCGCGUAAGUUGCUGAUUAACAGACAUCGCAUUGGCGGAUUCGCGCAAAACGUUAAAUAGGUCAGGUCUUUGCAACCACCAUACAACCACUGAUCAGACUGAUUGAUUACGAAUUUCAACAACAUAAGAAGCUACAACUAAAUUUGCUAUUUACACUGCCUGAGAUUUCUUCCUCGAAAUCUCUUUGCACUGUAGAACAAUUGCGACCAAUUACAUACCGGCACAAAGGAUAUUGUUUUGGUGGACCGGUUUCUUACGGAAUCUCUUAGGCUUGAUGAAUACCCUUGAGACAAUGAUCACAACAGAACUUUGCUCUAAUGUAGAAGUUUAAUCCAAGACUAUACUGUGGGUACAGUCAAAACAUAACCAACCAAAAUGUAACCAAAACUAGAUAUAACGACGACGUAACCAAGACGUAACCAGGACGUAACCGAAGAAACCCCUACGAAGCACUCGUAUUUAAGCCUAAGCUAGCGAACCGAUCGCGAGUGGCACAGAUUACAUCACAACCAAAUUACAGAGCACAACAAUCAUUUCUAAAAGACUAUUGGUGGAAACCUAAGCUUGUUUUAAAACAUUAAUUACUUUCAAAAGCUACACAGGUGGAUAACGGCUUCUUACAGGUUGAUUACAGCUUGAAGACUAAAUACAAUUAUGACUUGACAAAUAAGUCUACGCUCAAUAAAUCAACGGGUUGUUUACGGUUUAAAGAAGUUAAGACUAAAGAAUAAAUGAUUUCUACAUUGGUUUUUCAUAUUUUUAUUAGCGAAAGCAAAAUAACUGAAUAACAAUAAACCCUUUCUUCACACUGACAGAAACAUUUGUAUAUAAAGGGCGAAGUACGUGCAUAGAUAUUAGGGAGUUUUAGCAUCGACUACGGCAACGGCCGCGAAAACGUCAGUUUUGAAACGAAUUUCCGUUUUUUCAAUCUUUGUCGCGUUUAUUCUAAUUUGCUGAAAAUGGAAAGUGUAGGCGAAUGCCCCUGGAGUUGAAUUCUUGAGCACCGCACUCAAGUUUACAGAGAGAAAAAGGGAUUCGUCGUCGCUUGUUUACGUCCUCCAUAAAACUUGCAAUUAGGCAUUUUCACGUCGUAGUCGUGCAAGGACGGUAGAGAAAUAUACAAAAAAGCGUGAUGCACGUGCAAAGUUGUUGUUUUGCGUAAUAAACCUAUUGCUUUUUUGACGUCCUCGUUGCCGUCGCCGUCGUCGUUGCUAAAGCUCCCUAUUAUUCUCGUUGCUGUCGUCGUCUUUUUUUGAGCUUCAUUAUAUCACUAGAAGACGCAACAUCGUUCUUUUUGUCCCUUCAUAUUUCAGGUGACUAACAACUUAGGUAUCGAAUGGAUGCGACGUCAUUUGGGUAAACAAGGAUAUAGAGUUCACAAGCUGUCAUUUGACGAUCCAAAUCCAAUGCACAUCGACGCAACGUUUAACAUAAUCGGACCCGGAUUAGCGCUGUCCAAUCCUGACAGGCCUUGUCAUCAGAUCGACAUGUUUUACAAGGCUGGUUGGACAGUAAUAAAGCCACCCACCCCUUUAAUACCGGACACCCACCCACUGUGGAUGUCGUCCAAGUGGCUGUCCAUGAAUGUCCUUAUGUUGGAUCCAAAGAGAGUCGUGGUUGAUACAAACGAGAAGACCACUCAAAAGGUAGUGUGCCGCCAUAAGCUUCAGUAUUCUGUAUUGUUGGCUACUACCGUAUUUAUUCGAAUAAGCGCCCAACCUCGAAUUAGCGCCCACCUCGAAUAAGCCCCCCAUCCUAAAGGCAGAAAAAGUUAAUCAGCGUCCACCCCCACCCCACCACCUCCCCCUCCCACUCAAACUCAAAUAAGCGCCCACCCUCACCCCACACCCCCUUCUCGCUCCUACCCGCCAAAAGAAUGGAUUAAGUACUAAUAACAGACUUCGCCGAAGACGUAGUUUUCUUUACAGUAGUUACGGAAACCUUGCUUUGUUGCAUCUUUGCGUUUUGUUAUUAACAUUUAUUGUUUUUUUGCAAAAUAAACAUACUACACUUGGUGAAAAUGGUGAAAUUUUAGUAAGCGCCCAGCCUCGAAUAAGCGCCUACCCUCAAGGUCCAAAAAGUUAAUAAGCGUCCAGGGCGGUUAAUCGAACAACUACGGUAAUCUUUUCCCUCUCGUUUCUUCGUCUCUUUUGAGUCUUUUCUGGUAGGUUUGCUUGACGAACUGACCAAGUUCUUUUUUGUUUUGGUUGUUGAAAACAGAUUUUGUAGCUUUAAUACAUGAUCAUAAUUUAUCGAAAACGAAACACACGCUAUUGCAUAUCAGCAGGAGCCCAUAUCCUGAUAUCAGACUAUUAAGCCCUGAGAAGAGCACGAAACGUUAUGUCCACGAGCAUAAGCGAUCUACCUUGGCAUUCCGUUUAGCUGAAUGCCAUUUUACAAUUUUAGACAAUUCCGGGGAGGAAAAUCUCGUUCGCUCGAAGCUUCGUCGCCCGUACCUAAACUGACACUGAUCAUUUAAACCUCAUCAGCGCUCAAUUCCAAGUCAGAAAAAUUCUGUAAAUGUCACCGUUUUGUAUGUAUAAACAGUUUACCACUGCUGAGUAAAAAUAAUUAGCACUUAUGUACCCAAUCCAUUUCACGUCAUGUUUUGAGUCUAUAUGAUACAUAUGUUUGAGGCUACGAAGCCUUAAAUGUUCUGCAUCCCUUUCAGUUGUAAGCUCAUCUAUAUAGCACCAUGCAUACUUUGACAUAAAGAAUAAAUCUUUUUUCCAUAGAUGUUUGAAAGCCUUGGCAUCAGCUGUGUUCCAGUCUCUCUUCGCUUUGCCAACUCCCUUGGGGGUGGUUUUCACUGUUGGACCUGUGACGUGAGACGUCGAGGAAACUUGGAGUCUUAUUUCUAGUCUCCGCUCAAUGUUCUUUAAACAC